AUGAGCAACAAAUUCUUAGGCACCUGGAAACUUGUCUCCAGUGAGAACUUUGAUGAUUACAUGAAAGCUCUGGGUGUGGGAUUAGCCACCAGAAAACUGGGAAAUUUGGCCAAACCAAGAGUGAUCAUCAGCAAAAAAGGGGAUAUUAUAACUAUAAGAACUGAAAGUACCUUUAAAGAUACAGAGAUCUCCUUCAAGCUAGGCCAGGAAUUUGAAGAAACCACAGCUGACAAUAGAAAAACAAAGAGCGUUGUAACUUUGGCAAGAGGCUCGUUGAAUCAAGUACAGAAAUGGGAUGGCAAAGAGACAACAAUAAAGAGAAAGUUGGUGGAUGGAAAAAUGGUAGUGGAAUGUAAGAUGAAGGACGUGGUCUGCACCAGAAUUUAUGAGAAGGUCUGA